AUGGCAAUCCCAAAGAACGUUGGCAAGAGGCUUAUCCCUCAAAUUCUUGAUGAUUUGGCUGCAUCUGAGCCAGAUCGUCUUGUAUUUUCGAUGGCAAUGUCCUCAGACAUCAGUCAAGGCUUUCAUGACGUUUCUGCUUGUCAAUUCGCUCAAGCUGUUGACAAGACGGCUUGGUGGCUUCACAAACAAGUUGGAAACACCGGAGAGAUCCAAUCUGUCGGUUACAUCGGACCUCAUGAUCUCCGCCACAUUCUGUUGACAUAUGCCUGCGUCAAGGCCAACUGCACCGCAUUAUUCCUGUCCGCAAAGAACAGCACCGAGGGGGCUCUUGCUGUCCUGCAAGCGGCCAAAUGCAACAUCUGGGUAAAGCCUCAUGGGUCGAGCUACCCUCUUGUUGACGAUCUCCUGCAACAGCGGGACAUGCAGGUCCUCGACUUGCCCGAGCUUGAUGAACUACUUGAUGCGGAAGGUACUGAGCCAUACCCCUUUUACAAGACUUUCGACGAGGCGAGCCAAGAGCCUUUCUGCCUUCUCCACACAUCGGGUUCAACGGGGUUGCCGAAGCCCAUUGUCUGGUCUCACGCCCUGAUCGGAACAAUGGAUGCCGUCCGGCUCCUACCACCAACAGAAGGAGACGGCGGUAUGGCCCCGUGGACAGACAACUGGAACGAUGGUGACAGGAUCUACUCCUCAUUUCCCAUGAGUCAUGGAGCUGGUAUCAUUAUGGAUAUUCUCUUGCCCUCGCUCUUCAAUCUUCACUGCAUUUUGGGACCGCCUGGUGUCAUACCCAACAUGAACCUCAUAGACUUCCUUGCAGAACACGCAAAGAUCGAUAUCUGGAGCAUGGUGCCCUCGCUGGUGGAUGAGCUUGGAGAAACCCCAGACGUCUUGCCGAAGCUUCGGUCUUCCAAGUUCAUCUGUGCAUCCGGUGGUCCUGUCAGUCCCGUCAGCGCGUCCAAAGUCAACAAGGUCAUCCGAGUCCUGAACCUCACAGGCACAACAGAAGGUCUCUUCAUUGGGAAUCUCUGGGUGGGCAGAGAAGAUUGGCUCUACUUUGCAUUCCAUCCUUUCUCGGGCUUCGAAUUCAAGGAAGUCGAACCCGGCGUCUUUGAGCAUUGGGUCCAUCGAAACGAACAUGGCCCGUUGUUCCAAGGGAUCUUCCAUACGUUUCCCGACCAGAAGAGUAUCAAUCUGAAGGAUUUGUACACGCAACAUCCGACCAAGCCAAGUCUCUGGGCGUACAAGGGGAGAAAUGACGACGUUGUCGUUCUCUCCAAUGGGUACAAGAUUUCUCCCUUAGACACGGAGGCACUGGUCACGACCCACCCUGCUGUUGAAGGCUGCAUCAUGAUCGGUUCAAGUAAACCUCAGGCAGGUCUUCUAAUCGAGCUGAAGGAUCCAUCUUCAAAGACGACCGAACUUCUGGACAGCAUCUGGGCUACUGUAGAGCGAGCCAACUUACUCUCUAUGCACAAGAACCAGCUUCAGAAAGACUACAUCACCUUCGCUGAACCAGAAAAACCGUUCAUUCGUACCGACAAGCGAACUAUCAAACGACGUGCUACGCUAGAGCUCUACGCCAACUACAUCGAGCGCUUCUAUGAUUCACGCUUGGAAGAGGAAGAUUCGCAGGUUAAUGCCAUCGACACCAGCUCUGUGGUGUCUAUCACUCAAGCGAUCAGGCAGAUCUUCGGCUCUCUUUCGCCAACCCUCAAGAACGCGUCGCCCGAUGCAGAUGUUUUUAGCGUGGGCCUAGACUCGCUCCUUGUAUUCCGAGCCGUCAAGAUCAUCCGUGUAGCUACUGGGCUACAAGACAAGCUUUCGCCUCGGCAUCUAUACGCUAGCCCUACGCUCGGCAAAUUUGCUGCCACGAUCUCGAAGUUGGUGGCUGAGAAAAAGCAUGCAGCGGGCAAGAAUGCCUCCGCAUCAGACGAGGGUUUAGACCCUACUGUGGUCAAAAUGAGGAAGAUGAUGAACGCCCACAAGUCGCGCCUAUCGCCCAAAGUCAACCCAUUUGACUUGAUGAACCCCAACAUCUACGUGGGCAUGAAGUUCUACAUACCGCUGCGCGAAGACGCACGGUGCGAAGAUGUCUUCAACAGGCUGCACGAUGGGCUUUACAGGACUCUUGAACUCAUUCCAGAACUUGAAGGCAAGGUCAUGCGCUGCUCGCCGCAUGAAACGGGCUACAAGAACGGCGAUCUUCGCAUCACCUUACCCCUGAUUCCGUCAACCGCGACUCCUGAAGCCAACUUCAAGAACUCCCCGCUCAGGCAGCUGCGCUACAAGGAUCUCUCCAAUGUGCUUCCUUCCUUCGAAGAAUUGAGAUCUGCCGGCUUUGUAGCGUCGGCCUUCCGCGACGAAGUCGUCAUCGACUGCCCUUGGUUUCCGACGCUCCCGGCUGAGGUUCUUGUCGCGCAGGCAAACUUCAUCAAGGGUGGGUGUAUUCUCGCCAUUAACAUCCACCAUGCCGCAGUCGAUGGGAUGGGCGCAAUCACAGCCCUGAGAGUCUGGGCCGAGAGCUGCAGAUAUGUUCAGGGUGACAUGUCAGCCACUUGCGACUGGCUUGAUCCUGAGAGCCUCAACAGGAGCCUGCCUCACAUCCUCUACGAACUCGAAGGCUAUGCCAAGCCUGCACACGAGGUGGACCCUAACGUCUGGGGGUUCUUAGGAUUCCCAGAUCCUGCAGAGCUUCAGAACGGAAAUGGUCCGGUGAAGGUGGCAGCGCGUCUCACGGAGUCUACAUUCCCCACACCACCCCCAUUCCCCCGCAAGUUUGCCUGGCCACCCGUUCCUCCGGCUGAUGGUCGCCAUAUGAAGCCCACCACGUUUCUCGUUUCGAGCGAAAAUGUGGAGAGGCUUCGACAGAUGGUGCUUGCUGACCCGGAGGCCAAGGGGGCUGUGACAUCCAUCAGCGACGUUAUCCAGGCCUUCUUCUGGCGGGCUGCGAUCAAGGCCCGUUACCGUGUUGCCAAGGAGAUACAUGGCGGAGAAUUCGGGCCAAAAGACAAUGCGAUUGUGGAGAUGCCCAUCGAUGCUCGCCCCUAUUUCUCCUCUCUGCUGCCUUCAUCUUUCAUGGGCAGCUGCUUGGUGACCAACCGACCCUACAUGCCGGUCGAAGAGCUUUGCUCACCGAAGACGAGCCUCGGACGUAUUGCUUACCUCUUCCGCGAGGCAGCCACUCACAUCAAUCCCUCCCUGGUUCAUGACGCCUUCACUCUUCUCCAGUCUGUGCCCGACUACGGUAUGCUUACCAACGCUUGCAUGGGGUUGGCGGGGAUGCACUGCAUGAUGAACAACCUGAUGCUCUUCCAGACGACCGAAAUUUCGUUCGGCGAUGAGUUCUUUGAGAACCAGGGCACACCUGACACCAUGAGGAUUCUGAUGGACCGGUUCAACACGGCUUUCAGGCUGCUGCUUAUCCACCCUAUGCGUGAUGAUGGUUCUGUGGAGCUAUUGCUGGGCACGCUCCCCGAAGAGUUCGAAAUGUUGACAGCCGACGAAGAGUUUACCAACGGUUCGGUCCUGAACCACAUUUUCCAUGUUGUGGAUCAGGUCCCGUCAUCUUCAUCCCUGCUCGGCAACCUUCGUUCACACCACACUUUGGAUCCUGCCGAAAUACCAGCUUUUGCCAGCAUGGAUCAAGGAAAGGACCCACAGGGUGUGCCAUCGCCAUCGCUGUCGCCCCCAAGCACAACAACCGACAAGACCGACACACGUAUCAGCACAACAGCUUACAUCAAUGACGCUUCUUCGGGGUCUGACACCGACCAGCCUGAGGCUCAGACCGGUGUGCAGAACAUAGAAGCUGUAACUUCGACAUGGACGACAUCCUCCUUGGUCAUCGCUUAUGUGAUGAUCUGGGUCAUCUACUUCGUCAUGCUCAUGCAGCAGGGUGCCCUAACCGCCCUUACACCUUUUGUUACAUCCGCCUUUCGACAGCACUCCUUGACGCCAACCGUCGCCGUCAUCAGUGGCAUCAUCGGCGGAGUCUUCAAGCUUACCCUCGCCAAGAUCCUGGAUGUUUUCGGACGACCGCAGGGCUACCUCCUAUCCAUCUUCAUAGCCACCCUCGGACUGGUGAUGAUGGCUGCCUGCAACAGUGUGGAGACUUAUGCAGCUGCCCAAGUCUUUUACGCAGUUGGUCAGAACGCACUGCUGUACAGCAUUUCUAUCUUUGUUGCAGAUACUUCAUCUUUGCGGAAUAGGGGACUUAUGCUGGCUUUCACUUCCUCGCCAAACCUCAUCACCACAUGGCUCUCCGGCCCGAUUUCCCAAGCCUACCUCACAGGACCAGGGUGGCGAUGGGCAUUUGGCACUUUCUCGAUUGUCGUACCUCUGUUCACGCUUCCCCUCUUCGGACUCUUUGCGUACAAUCUCACCAAAGCCAAGAGACUGGGAGUAAUCUCCAAGCGCACCAGUCAGCGGACUACGUUGGAAUCCUUAUCCUAUUACUGCCGAGAAUUUGAUGCUGUAGGACUUUUCCUCAUGUCAGCUGGCUUGGCAUUGUUCCUUCUGCCCUUCAACAUCUACUCCAUGCAGGAGGAAGGAUGGCGAUCUCCACUCAUCAUCUUCCUCCUGGUCUUUGGUGUUGUUCUUCUCAUAGCAUUUGUCAUAUGGGAGAGAGCGUUUGCCCCCAUCACGUUUAUCCCCUAUUCUCUACUAUUGGACCGAACCGUCAUCGGUGCAUGUGGCCUCUCAGCCGUUUUGUUCACCAGUUACUUCAUCUGGAACAGCUUCUUCAGUUCCUUCCUUAUGGUUGUCAAUAAUCUCGAUGUCACCAAAGCCAGUUACGUCUACAACAUCUACGCUGUCGGCAACACACUUUGGGGGCUUGUCGUAGGGUGGAUAGUACACCGAACCGGUCGCUUCAAGAUCAUCUCCCUUUGGUUCGCCAUUCCGUUACACAUAUUCGGAAUGGGUCUUAUGAUUUACUUCCGUCAGCCUGAUCAAAACGUCGGCUUCGUUAUCUUAUGUCAGAUACUCACCGCCAUCGCCGGGGGUACCAUCAUCAUCACAGCAGGGCUGGCUGCGAUGGCGGCCGCUUCACACCAGCAUGUGGCUGUCGUACUGGCCACCGAAGCCAUGUUCGCUGAGAUUGGCGGAGCCAUUGGUCUGACUGUAUCCGCUGCAAUUUGGCAGGAUGUGUUCGCUAAGAAGCUGAUGGAGAACCUGCCGACGGAAGAGCUGGCCAAUUUCGUGCCAAUCUAUUCGGACCUCGCCACGCAAUUGAUGUACCCAGUGGGCUCUGCUACUCGUAAAGCCCUCCAGUUGGCGUAUGGUGAAGCUCAAAAAAUGAUGUUGAUUGCCGCUACUGCCAUCUGGGUGUAG